UAUGACUUGCUCUUUUGAUGUAUCUGCAAAUUUUCACCACCCUUCAUAUUUCAACUCUUUCUUUCGUGAACUGGGUUAGGUCUGCUUAAGAAUUGUAGUAUCCGUCGAGUUUGCUGCAAGAAACUAAUGAAUUUAUAAUCAUUGCUUAUAGUAUAAACAGUUUCCUUGCGAGUUUGAGAUAAUCUAAGCAUGGAUUUGGAAGGUGGGAUUCAUAGAAAUACUAUCAAGAAGGAUUCAUGGAUGACAGUACUGACCUUGGCAUAUCAGAGUUUAGGAGUAGUUUAUGGAGACUUAAGUACCUCACCACUUUAUGUUUACAAGAGCGUAUUUGCGGAAGCCAAUGAAAAGAUAACUACAAACGAGGAGAUAUUUGGGGUUUUAUCAUUUGUUUUCUGGACAAUCACUCUUAUUCCUCUUAUCAAAUAUGUGUUCAUAGUACUCAAAGCAGAUGAUAAUGGCGAAGGCGGGAUUUUUGCUUUGUAUUCUAAGCUGUGUAGGAAUUCUAGAGUUGGUUGGUUCUUACCCAAUUCUCAGGUGGCUGAUGAGAAAAUUUCUACAUACAAGAAAGACAGCAUUACUUGUCAGCCCUCUUUCAAUGCAAUGGUGAAAGCAACAUUAGAGAAGCAUAAGGUGUUACAGAUUGUGCUGCUUAUUCUCGCUUUGGUAGGAACUUCCAUGGCAAUUUGUGAUGGAGUUUUAUCACCUGCGGUCUCAGUUUAUUCUGCAAUAUCAGGUCUCGAGCUUGCUAUUUCGAAACACCAUCAUAGAUAUAUAGAACACCCUCUAGCAUGUUUCAUACUGGUCUGUUUGUUUGCUCUCCAACAUUAUGGCACCCACCGAGUAGGAUUUCUUUUUACACCGGUAGUCAUAACAUGGCUUUUAUGCAUCAGUGGUGUUGGUCUUUAUAAUAUUUUCUACUGGAAUCCUCAAGUUUACAAGGCCUUAUCUCCGCACUAUAUGUAUAUAUUCUUAAAGAAGUCGCAAAGGGGACGAUGGAUGUCAUUAGGUGGAAUACUAUUAUGUAUUAGAGGUUCUGAAGCCAUGUUUGCUGAUCUUGGACACUUCUCACGACUAUCCAUUAAGAUUGCUUUUACCUCUUUUCUUUAUCCAUCCUUGGUUCUUGCAUAUAUGGGGCAAGCUGCUUAUUUAUCUAAGCAUCAUGGCAAGCCAAUUGGUUUUUAUGUAUCAGUACCAGAUAGCAUAAGAUGGCCAGUUAUUGUCAUAGCUGUACUUGCUGCAAUUGUUGGAAGCCAAGCCAUCAUCACAGGAACUUUUUCAAUUAUUAAACAGUGCCAUGCCUUAAAUUGUUUCCCAAGGGUGAAAAUAGUCCAUACAUCGUCUAAGAUAGGUGGUCAAGUUUACAUCCCAGAGGUCAACUGGACUUUGAUGGUGUUGUGCUUGGCAGUUACAAUUGGUUUUAGGGACACCGCAGCCAUGGUUAAUGCUUCAGUUAUAACAGUCAUGCUCAUUACUACCAUCCUGAUGUCUCUAGUUAUGGUCCUCUGCUGGUACCAGAGUGUGUUCUUCGCCAUUUGCUUCAUAUUAUUCUUCGGCACCAUUGAAGCGCUCUAUUUUGUGGCCUCCCUCGUCAGGUUCUUGAAUGGUGCAUGGGUCUCAUUAGCACUCGCAUCUGUCUUCUUUGUUAUCAUGUACACAUGGCAUUAUGGCAGUCUUAUGAAAUAUGAAUCUGAUUUUCACAACAAGGUUCCCCUAGACUGGCUCCUCGGCCAUGGGCCCAGUCUAGAUUUUGUCCGUGUGAAGGGAAUUGGCCUUGUGCAUACUGAGCUGGUCUCUGGAAUACCUGCAGUUUUCUCUCACUUUGUGACCAAUGUUCCAGCUUUCCACCAGACAUUAGUCUUCCUGUGCAUCAAAUCUGUCCAUGUCCCCUAUGUUUUGCCCGAGGAAAGAUUCCUCGUUGGCCGAAUUGGCGCAAAAGAAUUCAGGAUUUAUAGAUGCAUUGUGCGGUAUGGGUACCGUGACAUCCACAAGGACAAUAUAGAAUUUGAGAAGCAACUUGUUUGUAGUAUAGCGGAGUUUAUUCAUUCGGGGAGAGAAGAACAGGCUGUAGGAGUAGGGGUACUGCAUCAUGAUGACAACAGAAUGACAUUGGUCGGGAUAUCUUCAGCACAUACUGAAGGGAUUCGGAUAUGGGAGGAUGAAGAGGAGGAGCCUCUCAGAGUUCCAAGUCCAGUGGAAAUAAGAGAGUUACAAUCUUCGAUCAAAAAAAGAGAGUUGCAACCUUCAGUGGUCCAGCGUAAAAAAAGAGUGACAUUUUUGUUGCCUGAAAGUCCAAGAAUUAUGGAUAGAGAUACACAAGAAGAACUGUCUGAGCUGAUGGAAGCAAGGGAAGCUGGGAUGUCGUUCAUUCUUGGGGACUCAAAUGUAAGAGCCAAGCGAGGCUCAAACUGGAUCAAGAAGCUACUUAUUAAUCAUGGGUAUGAUUUCUUGAGUAGGAAUAGUAGAAGGGCUACUAAUGGACUUUCCAUCCCAAGUGCAACUACUCUUGAGGUAAGAAUGGUCUGCCAUGUUUGAAAUCUUGAUUCAGCCUAGUAUUAUAACUAUCAUGUGUAUAUUUAAUGUAAUAUGUAUAUAUGUAUAUCAUAGAUGAACUACGAAUCCGAAUGGAAUGUGCACUGAUCU